AAAGAAGAAGAAGAAGGGGGAAAGAGAGAGAAAGAAAUCACAACCAUUAGGAGAGCUUGCAUAUUCACGGCUUCUCGUGCUCAGAUGCUCAGCAGCAGACCAGGAAGGGAGGGAGGGCAGUACUGUGUCUGUAACAGUAUUUGCAGAAAGACUAGAGGAGAUGUCAGACCUUUCUGGCUAGCAUAGUUGCUACUGAGAGAGCCCGUCGUUACCUUGGUAGGUAACUCCCCACCUCACCCCCUGGUUAAGUUUUGGGUUUAUUUCGAUGCGCUUCGCUUAUUUCAGCACCACCAGGACGGGACAGCUCCCAGGAAGCCUGUAGUAUUCCCCGUCUGCCCGACCUCGUGGUGGGAUCCAGAAGCUCCCGGCAGAGAUGGAGCCGUCCACCUUUCCCGGUGCUGAACCCUACCCCGAUUUCCCCUACAACAGCACCUUUCAAGACUUCGGGUCGACUUCUCUCACGACGUCCAACGCCACGAGUCAGUCCCCGAUCAAGAACACGACUUCAAUCAUCAUCGCCAUCGCCAUCACUGCCCUGUAUUCAGUCGUCUGCGUGGUGGGGCUUUUGGGGAACAUCCUGGUCAUGUACGGCAUUGUCAGAUACACCAAGAUGAAAACAGCCACCAAUAUCUACAUCUUCAACUUGGCCUUGGCAGAUGCCUUGGCCACUAGCACACUGCCCUUCCAGAGUGCUAAGUACCUGAUGGAGACCUGGCCUUUUGGGGAGCUGCUCUGCAAGGUUGUCCUCUCCAUUGACUACUACAACAUGUUUACGAGCAUCUUCACCCUCACCAUGAUGAGCGUGGACCGGUACAUAGCGGUCUGCCAUCCAGUCAAGGCCCUGGAUUUCCGGACCCCAGCAAAAGCGAAGUUAAUCAAUGUUUGCAUCUGGGUUCUUUCGUCUGUCAUUGGGGUGCCCAUCAUGAUCAUGGCUGUCACCCGAUCUCAAGGUGGCAUCGUGAUGUGUCUCCUGCAGUUUCCUGAACCUCAGAUCUACUGGGACACAGUCACCAAGAUCUGCGUCUUCAUCUUUGCCUUCUUGGUUCCCAUCUUGGUCAUCACCAUCUGCUACGGGCUCAUGAUUCUCCGCCUGAAGAGCGUCCGCCUCCUCUCAGGCUCCAAGGAGAAGGACCGCAACCUGCGCCGUAUCACACGCAUGGUGCUGGUGGUGGUGGCUGCCUUCAUCAUCUGCUGGACACCCAUCCAGAUCUUUGUCAUUGUUUGGACCCUGGUGGGCAUCGACAAGAAGAACCCCUAUGUGAUGGCCAGCCUCCACUUUUGCAUUGCCCUGGGUUACACCAACAGCAGCCUCAAUCCUGUCCUCUAUGCUUUCUUGGAUGAGAACUUCAAGAGGUGCUUCCGAGAAUUCUGCCUCCCCUUCCGGUCACACAGGGAGCAGAGCAGCUUCAGCCGGGCCAGGAACACCACACGAGAGCGUGUCUCGACUUGCACUCCUUCUGAAGUCCUCAAUAAGUCGGCAUGACUAGACAUGGACAGCCACAAGAGGGGCUCCCGUGGACGCAGAGUGGAUGAACUGCAGUCAGAAGUGACCCAGGUCACAACUACAGAAUUUUAGCUGAACUGUAGGAAUGGCCAGAAGGGGGAGAAAGGAGCAGUGCACAAACAUUGUGGACUUUUGCAAGUAGUUGCAAAUGUUAAGUCCCCCCUACAACCAUGAACAGAGUACCCACAAGAGAGGCAUCAACUGCCAAGUGAUAUUUGGGUGUGAAUUUCUUUGGUUCUGAAGUGAAUUCUUAAGACUGGCAUUGAUUGAAUGUCUUUUACAGGGUUGAUGUUUUCUUAAUCAUCCUGUGUUGGCUUUAAGUAAUUUUGAAAAGUUCACUGCACAUAUCUUUGUUAUGUUGUAGAUGGUUGGGCCAUUGAUUAACACAUCAGUGUUCAUUCUGUUCCUCCAUUCAUUAUUUGCUAGUAUUGUGUAGGAAUCUACAGUGGCUCUGUAUACUUCCUGGAUUACCAGACUGCACUGUUGAAGAGACAUCUCAAGUCAGAUCACUGACUCUCUAAACUUGCAAGUUGCUCUGUGGACUCUGUGUCCCCACUCAAAAAUACACACUGCAUUUCUUUUUUAAUCAAAGCAAAACGAAACUGGCUAGGGAAAUGCCCUGUAGAGGCAAUUAUUUUCCCAGAACACUCCAUUCACAGUGAUUUGGAGCGGAAAUGUUGACUAAAUAUUAAAACAGUUUGUUCUUCACAUGGAUCAUGUCCCGUUCCACCUGCUGCAUCACCCCUUCUUCUAUACAAGUCAGUGGUGAUAUCUCCCUCCCUGAGGCAGAAGGGGUUGUAUCCCCAAAAAUCCAGCAGGGGAGCAAAAGUCCAACAACACAUGGGGUAGUAAGGUUCUUGCUGGAGUACAUUGGCAGUUCCCCCAUCCUAGUAUUUCCUGAAGAUUCUUGCUCUUUUCCCCACCCCUAUUACCCCCUAUGCAUACUACUGUAUCCACUCCAUAAUGGUAAUACUUCCCUUGCAGGGGAACCAGUUCAACUAUCAUUCUGAAAUUUGGUGUGCUUCAUUCCAUCAUAAAGGCAGACUAUGCCUGCAAAUUGCAUCACAUGUUGGCAGAAAACAAAAUACAUUUUCUUUCUUUUCUAAAUCAAACUUUAAAAGUGUCGUUCACACACACACUAAACCCUAGUUGUAUCUCUGAACAUUUGGCUGGCUUAAUCCACUCUGGAGGAACUAACGUGCCUGCAAAUUUCAUCCACUCAUAUGAAAAAAAAAUAUAGUCUUUUCUUUUAGAUUCAUCGUUUUAGUGAAGAUGGGGGAGCUUCAUUCUCAACAAAUAUAAUUUUGUCUCAAAUUAUGAGUCAAACUGGAAAACUACAGAGUGGCUCCAAAACUGCUGCUUCCCAAAGCUACAGAUAAAAACUGAAUCUUGUGGCCAGUGCACACCCUUAGUGUUUUGACUCCACUUUAGCAGAUAAUGGAAGUAUUGAAGUGAUGAAGUACAACACAUUGCAUAAGAUAAUGUUUUUGUUUCCUUUUGCCACUGGCUACCAAAUUUAAAUUCAGUUAUUCAUUCAGAGGAACAGAUAUUUGAUUUUGAUUUGCAGAUUUGAAACAGUCAAUUUAUUCCAGCUCUUGCCAGGCGAGGAGAAGGGAAUGCCACAGUACUGGGAAAGGACUCUAGACCUCCGCUGGUAAGAGCUUAAUCACAAAGUAAUCAGUACUGCUCAGCAACAGAAAUGGGAAUGUUGUGAUUUUUCAUGCACUGCUCAUCUGUGUUAUUACAGUUUUAUCUCUCUGUGAUAAGCAAAAAUUGGUAAACCCAUUAACUUGCUUCUCUAAUAUGAGCUGCCCUUCUAGCUCUGGGAAGAGGACCAUGCACCCAAUUGAACUCUGGACAGGGAGACAGAAAUGAAAAGUUGGUGGCGCCUCGUGCAUGGGUUGCCUUCGGAUCCUCCUCAUAAUCAACAGCAAGUUGCACCACUGCAGGGAGAGUAACUCUUUACCCUCGUUGCGCCACUGUGCCAAAGCAACACAAAUCCAAGGAAGCCUGCAAGUUCAAAUCAGGAUUCUCCAAUAGCACAAAAGCCUUCCUUCAAUUGUGAAGGCUCCCUUCUCUUUUGUAUUUUCCUCGCCGUUCUGACAUUGGAACCCUGGGGAGCCAGCUAAAGCCUUGCUACAUCCGCUCAGGAACUCCAGCAGCGAAGAAAGGCACACAUUGAACUGCCCCUUAUUGUACAUAUCAAUGUCCCAGGAAUGCCCCAGCGUUACUUGGGCGGCAGUUCCUGCGUGAACAAGCUUUGGGACAUCAGCAACUGAGGCCUGUGUGUCAUUUUGGUGUGUCUGGUGUUCAACCGCUUUCUGCAUUGUUGUUUACUACUGCCUUACCCCCAUGCGAGUCAGAUGGCCCCUCAGCUUCUCCGGUGUGAUAUCUGACCUACCUAGGUCACAGUAUCUGGAGUGGGGGGGGGGAUUGGUGGCAAAACACAAAUCUAGACAAGGAACAUUUGUAUUUCAAAAACAAAACUGACUCAAUAAAAGGGGUCAAUGAACUGCAAAGUAUUUGAUAUUUAUUUUGAUUUAUUUCAAUCUGCCGUACCUCAAGGAUUUAGUGCAGCACCCCAGAAUCCUGUUUUGCAAUGCUCAUCACUUUGCAUCCUAUUAGGUAGGCACAGUCACAGCAAGUGCAGCAAGGUAGUGAACCUUUUUCAGACCAAGUCCUACUUUCACCUUGUGGAAACCUGUUGGGAGCAGCACUCCAGUAGUGGGCAGGACUGAACCCAAAUGUGGACUGAGGCACAGACACAGAGCUAUUUCCCAUGGAAACGGUGUCAUGCCAUUUCACUCAAGUGUCACCUCCCAUUUUUGCCAUAGAUUUUCUUUUCAAAGUUUUUAAAAUAA